UUCAAUCGUUCAUUAUUAAUACCUUAUAAUCAAGUAUAUCCAUCACUAUAUGGCGAUGAUGAUAAAUCAAGUCAUUUAAUGAAAACAUUCUGUCAAAGUCAAGAUCAUUAUAUGAAAGAUGAAGAUAAUAAUAAUACACAUGAAACAUCGAGUUCAUUUGGAUUUUGUCAAGAUACAGAUUCUGAUAUAGAUUCGAGUGAAAUUGAUGAUGAUGAUGACGAAAAGAAAAAAUCUUAUGAUAGUGGUUAUGGUAGUGUCAUGCCAAGACGACGUUAUACACGAGAAUCACUAAUUAUUAUUUCACAAAAUUUAAAUAAUAAAAUGAAUUCUCUUUUUUAA